AUGUCAGUGACUCAGGCAGCCAUCAUCAAGACUGCCAUCGCCAUGGGGAAAGGAGACUAUGACAGUGAUACUGCACAACCUACUCCUCCCUGCAAUGCCAUCUACAACUUCCAAGGCAGUGGAGCCCAGCAUCUCACCCUACAGAUUGGCGAUGUGGUGCGAAUACAGGAGACCUGUGGAGACUGGUACAGAGGGUACCUUGUUAAGCAUAAAGUGUCACAGGGCAUUUUCCCUACAUCCUUUAUCCAUGUCAAGGAAGUGACAGUGGAGAAAAGAAGGAACAUAGAGAACAUCAUUCCUGCAGAAAUUCCUUUGGCCCAGGAAGUGACGACGACGCUCUGGGAGUGGGGAGGCAUCUGGAAGCAGCUCUAUGUGGCUAGCAAAAAGGAACGCUUCCUCCAAGUGCAGUCCAUGAUGUAUGACCUGAUGGAAUGGCGGUCCCAGCUCCUCUCAGGAACUCUCCCCAAGGAUGAGCUGAAGGAACUGAAGCAGAAAGUCACAUCGAAGAUCGACUAUGGCAACAAAAUCCUUGAGCUCGAUCUGAUUGUCAGAGAUGAAGAUGGAAACAUACUGGACCCUGAUAACACCAGCAUCAUCAGCUUGUUCCAUGCUCAUGAGGAGGCCACUGAAAAAAUCACAGAGCGCAUCAAAGAAGAAAUGUCAAAAGACCAGCCCGAUUAUGGGAUGUAUUCUCGGAUCUCCUCAUCUCCCACCCACAGCCUCUACGUCUUUGUGAGAAACUUUGUAUGCAGAAUUGGGGAGGAUGCUGAGCUCUUCAUGUCUCUCUAUGACCCCAACAAACAAAUGGUCAUAAGUGAGAACUAUUUGGUGCGAUGGGGCAGCAAAGGAUUCCCAAAGGAGAUUGAGAUGCUCAAUAACCUGAAGGUGGUCUUCACAGAUCUUGGAAACAAAGACCUCAACAGGGAUAAGAUUUACUUGAUUUGCCAAAUAGUCCGAAUUGGGAAGAUGGAUCUUAAGGACACUAAUACCAAGAAGUGUACCCAGGGGCUGAGGAGGCCCUUUGGGGUGGCAGUUAUGGACAUCACAGACAUCAUCAAGGGCAAAGCAGAGAGUGAUGAGGAAAAGCAGCAUUUUAUUCCCUUUCACCCGGUCUCAGCUGAGAACGAUUUCCUUCAUAGCCUUCUGGGCAAAGUCACAGCUUCCAAGGGGGACAGUGGAGGACAAGGCCUGUGGGUGACCAUGAAGAUGCUGGUGGGUGACAUCACUCAGAUCCGCAAAGACUAUCCUCACUUAGUGGACAGAACCACUGUGGUGGCCCGGAAGCUGGGAUUCCCAGAGAUCAUCAUGCCAGGGGAUGUCAGGAACGAUAUCUACAUCACUCUCCUACAAGGUGACUUUGACAAGUACAACAAGACCACACAGCGGAACGUGGAAGUGAUUAUGUGUGUGUGCACAGAAGAUGGCAAAGUACUACCUAAUGCAAUUUGUGUGGGAGCCGGGGACAAGCCCAUGAACGAGUAUCACUCAGUGGUGUACUAUCAAGUCAAACAGCCACGCUGGAUGGAAACAGUCAAGGUGGCUGUCCCUAUUGAAGAUAUGCAGAGGAUCCAUCUGCGCUUCAUGUUUCGACACCGGUCAUCACUAGAAUCCAAAGACAAAGGAGAAAAGAACUUUGCCAUGUCCUAUGUGAAGCUCAUGAAAGAAGAUGGAACCACACUGCAUGAUGGAUACCAUGAGUUGGUUGUUCUCAAGGGAGACAGCAAGAAGAUGGAAGAUGCCAGCGCUUACCUGACACUUCCGUCUUAUCGACACCACGUGGAAAACAAGGGAGCCACUCUGAGCCGCAGCUCCAGCAGCGUGGGGGGCCUUUCUGUCAGCUCCCGUGAUGUGUUCUCCAUUUCCACCCUGGUGUGCUCCACAAAGCUCACGCAGAAUGUGGGUUUGCUGGGUUUGCUCAAGUGGCGGAUGAAGCCACAACUGCUCCAGGAGAAUUUAGAGAAGUUGAAGAUUGUGGAUGGAGAGGAAGUGGUGAAGUUCCUCCAGGACACUCUGGAUGCCCUUUUCAACAUCAUGAUGGAACACUCCCAAAGCAAUGAGUAUGACAUCCUCGUCUUUGAUGCUAUGAUUUAUAUAAUAGGACUCAUUGCAGACCGGAAAUUCCAGCAUUUUAACACUGUCCUGGAGGCUUACAUUCAACAGCAUUUCAGUGCUACCUUGGCCUACAAGAAAUUGAUGACGGUGCUGAAGACUUACUUGGAUACCUCCAGCAGAGGGGAACAGUGUGAGCCCAUCCUCAGAACUCUAAAAGCUUUAGAAUAUGUGUUCAAGUUCAUUGUUCGGUCGAGGACAUUAUUCUCACAGCUAUAUGAAGGCAAAGAACAGAUGGAGUUUGAAGAAUCUAUGAGACAGCUCUUUGAAUCCAUCAACAACCUGAUGAAAAGUCAAUAUAAAACCACCAUCCUCCUGCAG